AAUUUAAAUAUGGCGGGUCUUUUGUCAUAUCCUGUUAUGUAUAUCGGGUGAGUGCAUGGCCUUUAGGUAGAUCCUUUCAAGAUUUUUAUUUUACAACGCCGCAGUUGUAUUUAUGUAAAAUUGAAGGCGUCAAAUUAGUGAUGGUGUUCUGUAACAGGCCAUGGAUAUGAUAAAAACGGAAUAUGAGUUCCUAGACUUGUCAGAUGUGAGAGAAGCGGAGCUGAGUAGUCUGCAGUGCGCUUUGUACGACCGCAAGCCUGAAGCAGCGGCGACCACAGGCACCUUCGGUCGGGCCGAAUCUGCCAUAGACACCUCGUCCUGUUCAUCGAGUACCGUUGGCCCACCGACCGUGUCGACCAGCCUGGACAGCCUGUCGGGCGGCGAGUGCGAGAUGGCGCCCCACUCGCCAGUAAGGGGCGCAGGCGCCGGGCCUCCGCACGCGCCCCCGCCCGCCUACGUGGCCCCCCCGCCCGCCUACCCACCGCCCCACCCCCAUCAAUGGCCCGUCGCCCCACCGAACGUCUACGUCAGCCAAGUCACCGCCAACGUUAACGUGCACGGCUACAUGGGACAGUACUACCAACCGCAACCGCAAUACGCUCCCCCGCAAGUUGAUCGCCCGCGCACCCAUCGUCGAGAUCGACGCGGCAAACGCGCUCCGUCCCCGCCACCCCCCCAACAACACCCGUAUUACGUCCAGUAUCCACAGUACUAUCCCGCUGCGCAAGCUCAAGGGGCACCGUUAUACCAGUUCCCUAUGUACCAACCCCUGGUUUACGGGCCAUACGCAUAUCCGCCCUACUACCCAGAAUAUCCGAUGCCUGUAGAAGGCGACGCUGGCGAAAAGGGCCCGGAGGAGUAUCCCCAAGAAGUCGUGAUGGAGCAGGAAGCUGUGGAUGCGUACUACGCGGGCGCCCACUACGCAGGCCCGCCUUAUGGUCCUCCGGUCGAAGGCGGCGUCGAGUACAUGCCACCGAUAUACCUCCCGCCACCUCAACACCCACCGCCGGUACCGAUACCGCAACACCCGCAGCCACCGCAUCAAUCGACUCCGCACCAGUUUAACGUGCACGCGAAGAAUUUCGUUCAAGGUCAAAGCCAAAAUAAGAAUUUCACACCUCCCGAAAAGAGUCAAGAACUAAAGGCUCUCCCGACGACUGCUGCGGCGGCAACUGCGACAACGUCCGCUGCUGCUGUGGAAUCUCUUCCUAUCAAAGAUCUCAAAAUAUCACCAAAAGGACCGAGCAGUCCGAAACAGUCUGAACGGCCAGCUGAGAACGCUCAGGCUAAGCCGGCUACCUCUCCAAGUGAGAAAGUUGCUCCAGUGAUUAAGACUGAUGCCUCUAAACCUGGAUGGGUACCAAACGAAGCUAAAGCUCCCGAGACUUCUCCUACCAAUCAGGCUCAAGUUGCUGCAAAAUCGUUCCCUCCGCCAGCACCUUCUAAUAACCAAGCGACUACAGCGCCGAAAGUGACUCCUGCUGCCGGUAAGCCCACGAAAGGCCCAGCUGCUCCUUUCUCUGGCGGCAAACAAACUACGAAGCCAUCUGUACCACAGACCGUUGUGCCAGUGCAGCAAGCCGCAACUACACCUAAAGCGCCAUUCGGAAACAGACAGAAACGAGACGGCCCUACCAACCGCUCCCCGUCCAACGAGACCGUCGAUAAUACUGAAAGAACUGCUGCCCCAACUGAGCACGUCAAACGGGAGCCUCCCCUACCGCCCAGCAAAGCGCCAAUGCCGAUUUCAAUAACAUUGCACACACAAGGGCAACCUUUCAUAGUGACCAACAAAUCGCCUUUCGGGCAUUCGAGGAAAGCUGCCGCGACAGCCCCCGAGCCACCGCCAGCGCCACAACCGCCACCGCCAGCUCCGACGGCUUCCGACUUCCCUCCUCCCCCUACACCGAGAAACCGGGGAGAACCAAUUCCCCCUCCAGUGAUCCAACCGCAGCCGCAACCAGCCCCUGGAAAGUCUUGGGCGAGUUUGUUCUCUACCAAAACUACUGUGACCACUCCUGCGCCAACGCCGGUUGUUACAACAGAGGAGCCUUCGAGUCCUACAACUGCUACGCCCCCCGUGGCUACUAACGUGCAAAAGCCAGUUGCGAAAGUGUCUCCUUUUGACGCAUCGCCCCUUCAAGCGGCGGUGGUAGAUAAGAGCUCGCCUACUCCGCGGCCGACGACUACUGCGGCGCCUACAGUGUCGUAUUCAGAGAAGACUUCUGUGAACGCAGUCAGCAAUGUGACGAGCGGUCCAGUCGUCGCUACAAAGCCGGCAGUAACUCAACCCGCGCCUGCUGAAGUGCGCGAAGUGCCAAUACAGAAGGACCCUGCUCCAGCUGUUCCCGUGCAACCAUCUCCUUUCAGCGACGACCCCAAUUCCUACAGAAUGGGAGAGUUCUUAUCCAAGUACCAACUGGACAAUAGGCCGGUGUCCCUCUUGCCCCGAGGACUCACUAACCGCUCGAACUAUUGCUACGUUAACGCAAUCCUGCAGGCGUUGAUCGCAUGCCCGCCCUUCUACAACAUGCUGAAGGCGCUGCCGUAUCAAACGCGCCGAGGAAAAUCCAGCACGCCCGUUAUCGAUUCCAUGGUGGAACUAUGCUAUGAAUUCAGCGCUGCUACGGGUACAGUCCCGGGUAGUAGGGCUCGGGGCAGGGGCGAAGGCGCCUGCAGCGGGGGCCCCGCAGUCCCCGCCGGUCCCCCCCUAGAAGGGGGUGCCGGUCUGCGAGUCCUAAGGGCUCUGAGACCCUUCCCCGGAUCACAGGAAGGCAGGCAGGAGGAUGCUGAAGAAUUUCUUGGUUGCUUACUGAACUCGCUGAAUGAUGAAAUGCUUGAGCUCAUGAAACUGGUUGAGCCCGAAGAACCUAAAGACAGCAAUGGCCAACAAAACGGCGUCAUUCCUCAAGAGCAGGUGCCGGAAGAGGACGACGACGAUGAUGAGUGGAAGGUAAUGGGCCCCCGCAACCGCGGCGCGGUGGAACGCCGCUGGGCCGCACGCCGCACUCCCGUCGGCGACAUAUUCCGCGGGAAAACGCGCGUGAGACUAACCCGAGCCCCUCACCACCUCGUCACUGACGCCGUGCAGCCUUUCUUCACGCUGCAACUGGACAUUGAGCGUGCCACCAGUGUUAAAGAUGCUCUGGAGCUUCUCGCUAACAAAGAUACAUUGGAAGGAGUAUCGGAUGCUUGGCAACAACUUUCUUUGGAACAAUUGCCAGUUGUACUGCUGUUACAUCUCAAAUGCUUCCAAUUAGAUGCAGAAGGACACACUGCUAAGAUAGUCAAGAAUAUUGACUACCCCAUCGAUCUGAAAAUUGACCCUAAGAUAAUGUCGUCCAAAUUGAAAUAUACAACGAAGCAGAGGGUUUACAAACUGUUUGCUGUCGUUUAUCACGAGGGUGUGGAAGCGAUCAAAGGGCAUUAUCUCACCGAUACAUACCAUGGACAAGUUGGAUGGAUCAGGUAUGAUGAUUCGACUGUGACACAAGUGAGUGACGCUCAAGUGUUAAAACCGAAGGCUCCACGAAUGCCAUAUUUGCUUAUGUACAGAAGGCAUGAUACUCUUCCACCACAUCGUUCUGCCAAACCGGACACUAUGUAAAUACGGACCAAACUAUGAAUGUGUCAAAUUGGUGCUUGUGACAAAUUGAGGUUAAAAAAACAAAGAACAUAAUAACUAUUCAAGCUUUGCGUUUAGUCGAGAAUAAUUAAAAAACUGUGAGAGGACUGUGGAGUGAUAAUGAACUAAGUGUACAUUGUAGACUUUCUGAGGUAAAAUGUCGAAGGAGCAUAAGAUGGGUGGCUGUUUAGUUUUUAAUAGAUAUUUUUUGUUUUGGUUUGUGUUUUCUAUCAAGCAUUUUAUUACUAACCUCUGUUUAGAAGUUUCCUAUUGUAUUUCUAUACUGUUCACUCAAAGAUAAUCGCGGUCUACCACUUAUAGGCCUAAAUUGGUUUGCUUGUUCUUAAUCACAAUAUUUUAAAUGCAUUUCCUAUCAUCAAUAGAAUCAAGCUCAGACGAAUAUUUACCUGUGAGUGGCAGACCGCGAAAUUCUAAAAUUAAUUGAAACUAAUAGAAUGUUUAGAUUCAACUUUAUAAUUUUAUUUAUCAUUGUUUUAAAAGUACAAAUAUGCAAAAUUUAUUAGCGUGCACCACUUGCCUGCUUAUAUAGGCUUGCGUGUUUUUGCGUAAAUUUAUUGUAACACAAUAAAACUAUUGUAAAUAAUGUUAUUAACUAGUUGGAGCUGCUGGUUUUACUUUGGCUAUGAAAAAAACUAAUUUCCCAGUCUAGACAAGUUUUUCUAAUGUUAAUAUUUUUAUAAACUAACUGAUCUGUGUUGUUGUGCUCCAACUUAUCUAGUAAUUAGUUUAGGAAGUUCUCUACUGGACAAUAUGGAAUUGUGGUUUUAUAAACGAAAAUGUAAAAAAAAGUUUGUAGUUUUACUAUCAAGUUCAUGAUUCAUAUUGUUUCUCUUGUUGAUUGAUGAAUAUUUGAAUGAAAUUAGUUGUAAAUAAAGUACAAUGUUUUUAGACUGCUGUUUCAAUGCAUACAAUUCAAUUUGUAUGUAGAGAACAUUGGUUUGAUUAAAAGAAUUGAGAAUAAUGUGUCUCAUGAACUGUAACAUUUCGUCCUAGAUGUAAUUGAUAGUUAUAAUUUAGGGAUUGAAGAACAGAAAGGCUGUGACUUUUACUAAAAAUUCAGUAGCAGCUGAAUAUCAAAAUUUCUGAAGGCAUUGUAAAAUAGAGUUAUCACAGAAUGUAAAAGAUAUUUUUUUAUUAAUAGCCUAAAGAAUGGAGAUAAAAGUAGCUAAAGUGUUUUUAGUGAAGGCUAGCGGAGUGAUGGAGUUUCAAGGAAUUGGUGCUUCGUUGACGGACUAAAAGGCAAGGCAGUGAGCGUAGUGCCCUUGUUACAUGUGAUAUGGUGUGCACGAAGGAAUACAAUGGAUUGUUAGUAGUAGUCACUUGUAUAAUAUAAUUGUUGUAAAAAUAUAAGUGUUAAACAUAAAUAGAUUGUCUAUCCACUUGGAACGUCUGUUUUUAAUAUUAUUCAAAUUCGACACGAGAUCUAUGGUUCAUUUCUGUUAGUAGUUUUUCUAUGCAAAAAUGAACAUUAUUAUUGUAGAUGAACUGUUGGUUAUACGAAAUUUUACAAUAUUAUUUAUAUAAUCUAUUAUAAAUAACAUUGAUUAUGUGAUGUUUAGUAGCGAGAUGGUAUAAUAUGUCCUGGCUUGCAGAGCCUCAUGAUCUCACGGCAAACAUUAUUGUUGGGAAAGAUCGAGUGAUAUUUGAUGUUAAUAUCCUUCCUUUAGAUUGAUGAAGGCAAUACACCAAUGCCUUAUGUAGUGUUUGAUUGAUAUUUUGCUAUUUACGAAAUUGACCAAAAAGUAUGUGGAUAUCAUUUAAAAUUGCUACGUAAAGUAGAACUUUUCUACUUAGGUGUUUACAAAAUGCCAACAUGUUUUUAAUAUAAUAAAAAAAGAUAUUAUAUAAUUCACACUGGUUUAGUGACCAGAUGUAUUUGAAUAAUGUUUUAGUGUUAAAAUUAGUCAAUUUAAAUAUUACGAUAAUGAAACGAAAUAGGUUUAGUUUUGUAUGAUAAUUUCUGAUAAAAUUUAUAAUUUACUAACUUUUAAGCUUUUUUUUAUUUGUAUAACUUGGUUGUUGUUGAUACAUUAAUUUGGAAUGAGGGUAGGUAAUAGAAUAAUUAGGUGAUGAUACUGGCAAUAACUAUGGAUAGUACACGUUGAAUAUAUUAUUGAUUUUGGCACCUCUCUACUUUUAGCUAUGUAAUCAACGAAAUGCAUAGAUUUCAAUAUCCUUGGAAUGAGAAAGAAGCAUAAAUUGUUUAAUUUUGUAAGUGUAUGUAUAGUCAAUAAUAUUUAAUAUUCGUUUUUUGUUGCUCUAAUCUAUAUUUGUAACUUAUCACAAUAUUAACUCUUCAAAUCAGAAGGAUCGGUUU